AUGUCGCGAAUUUAUUUUAACGGUCCUGAGAGGCGAAUCGAAGGAAUAUAUGUAAAAGCAGAAGCAUAUAAUGCUCCUGUUGCAUUGGUUCUUCAUCCCCAUCCUUUGCAUGGCGGUGAUAUGAAUAAUACAGUAGUGUAUAACGCCCAUAAAGUUUUAUCUGAGCAUGGCUAUACAGUUCUACGUAAUAACUUCAGAGGAGUAGGGCAUUCAGAGGGUAACUUUAAUAAUGGGGUGGGUGAGGUUAUAGAUGCCGGAACAGCACUUGAUUGGUUACAGCAGAAUAAUCCAAACGCUCAGUCUAAUUUAGUAUUAGGGUUUUCAUUCGGUGCAUGGAUAGCUAUACAACUUGUGAUGAGACGCCCUGAAAUAAAUAACUUUAUUGCUAUUUCGCCUCCGGUAAAUAAAUAUGAUUUUUCAUUCCUUUCGCCUUGCCCUAUUCCAGGAUUUGUACUACAAGGUGAUAGUGAUAGUAUAGUUUCAGCUGAAGCAGUAAAAGAUUUAGCAAGUAAGUUAUCUAAACAACAAGCUCAUAUUAAGGUUGGAUGUAAAAUUAUUAGCGGUGACCAUUUCUUUCGUUAUAAAAUGGAAGAAUUUUCUAAAGCAAUAGGGGAUUAUUUGAAAACAUUAGAUCAUGGUUAUCCGCAAAGUAGCAAUAAUGUAAACGAAGAAUCGAAGAGCCAGAAGAAGUUGUUUUUGUAUUAA